CACAAAAAUUAUUUUUAUAGACAAUUAACUAGUGGUUUAAAUACAUACGACGCUCAGGGAGUUAAUAAUAAUAGUAAUGGAGUUUACAGAGACAGCCAUUCAUCAACAACCAGACAAAGUGAUGAUAAUACCGAUGGAAAGUGUGGUCGAAGAGGACGAGGAGGAAGUGGUUGAGCCAAUCGCCGACGGCAGACGACGGUCGACCAGAUCCAAGUCGACUAAGGGAUCGUCGGAUACGUCCGAUUCGGACCUUAAGAUACCGGCAUUAGAUAAGUACAACUUGAGAGUCCGGUCCAUACAGAACCGGAUCGAAACGGAGAAGCGAAAAAAGGAGCCAAAAAAACCGAAACCCAAACAAAAACCGCCGCCACUUAGCAAAUAUAGGAGAAAAACGGCAAACUUGAGGGAACGGUGCCGAAUGCAGGAAAUGAAUACAGCUUUCGAAGCGCUGAGGAAUGUUGUACCAGAUUUUCCCGACGAAGUUCCCGACGAUAUGGUCAUCAAUAUGGUCAGCGGCGACGACUUGGACGACAAAUCCAAUUCAAAACUGACAAAAAUUACAACCUUAAGGCUUGCGGUCAACUAUAUCCGGGCGCUGACCGAAAUACUAAGCGAUGCCGACUCGGGUGGCCAAUCAGCUACCGGUGGUAACUCAGCUGAUGGCACCGAUAAUGCUGCCGUCGCCGCCGCCAUAGCCAGUCUGCCGUCGGAUGUGUCGGCACUGUUGACUGGCCUACCGUUUGCCGACUCACUACUCAUGCAUAGGCCGUCCAGUUGCGGCUCCAGUGAUCACUUGCCGACAACGUCGUGCAGUUCGCCGUCGACUACCGAAACCGAUUCGUUACAUUCGCUCGAAUCGUUGCGGUCAAGUUGUUGGCCAGACUUUACCGCCGAUGAUAGUCUAGAAAAUGCUUUCGAUCUGAUACUCGAAAGCGAUGGCGAAGGUAUGCAAUUUGAUGAUGACUUUAUACCAUAA